AUGUACAAAAGCAUACGCAACAACUCACCGGAGAAGGGAUGCCGGCAAAAACUCGCCGAGCAGCCGACGUACAGAACUGAGAACGUCUACAAUCCGGAAGCGACGCCGCAGUAUUUUCAGAACUUCGUGUUCGACAUGUACGCGAGCAUCAGUGAAAUACGCCAAUCGUCUUUGUGGCUGGCCGUGAUGGAGCCGAGAUGCUGUGCACCACCCCGGCUUCUCGGCGAAGCAACCAUUGAUCUUGCCAAUAUAUGGUCGCAGAAACGUAUGAAAUUAAUAUUAUUACCAAUGAGGCUCAAUAAAUUGAAA